CUAACUCCAGUUAUCUAACCUGAGGUUACUCCAUCCUCAAUAUUCGACAUAUCCUUUUCUGCAAAUUAUCUUGACAGUGAUCACAAAAUCUAUGGCUCAUUUACUAGGAGGAUUAGCUACUCCCCUUCUCUGCAAACCCAUUAAUGCUUCUUCUUCUUUCAACAACAAUUACACUUCCGCUUCCUCUUCCUCUCUCCACGCGCUUGAUUCUCUAUACAUCAAACGCGCCGCCGAGCUAGCUGACAAAUCGGCGGGAUUCACCGCUCCUCAUCCUAACUUCGGCUGCGUAAUCGCCCAUCCCAAUAAUGGUGGAGGUACGGUGGUCGGAGAAGGUUACUUGUACGCCGAAGGGACAAUUCCGGCGGAGGUGCAGGCUGUUGAAGCCGCCGGCGAGCGGUGUCGAGGUGCCACUGCUUAUCUCAAUAUGGAACCUGGAGAUUGUCACAGCAAUAGCAGUGCUGUCUCAGCCCUGAUCAAGGCAGGAAUUAGUAGAGUUGUUAUUGGAAUACGGAAUCCAUUGCAACACCUUCGUGGCAAUGCCAUUCACGCGUUGAGAAGUGAAGGCCUUCAAGUUGAUGUGCUUGGGGAAGAUACACAGAAUAAGAUUAUUGAGGAGGCUGUGAAAUCCUGCCUUUUUGUCAAUGCUCCUUUGCUAUAUAGAGCUGCGUGUCAAGUUCCGUUCUCUGUUCUCAAGUAUGCAAUGACACUUGAUGGGAAAAUUUCUGCUAGUAGUGGUCAUGCAUCAUGGAUCAGUAGCAAAAAGUCAAGAACUCGUGUUUUUGAAAUGAGGGGUAGAAGUGAUGCUGUUAUUGUUGGAGGAAAUACUGUGCGCAGAGACAAUCCACGUUUGACGGUUAGACAUGGUGGUAGCCAUCUUCCCCGACGUAUUGUAUUAUCUCAAACUCUUGAUCUUCCAGAAGAAGCGCAUAUUUGGAAUGUUUCUGAGGUCCCCACUAUAGUUGCUACACAAAGAGGUGCAAGGAGGAGUUUUCAAAAAUUGCUUGCAUCCAAAGGCGUUGAAGUGGUUGAAUUUGAUAUUUUAGAUCCUAGAGAUGUUAUGGGGUAUUUAUAUGAUCGUGGUUACCUCUCAAUUCUGUGGGAGUGUGGAGGGACACUGGCUGCAUCUGCUAUUUCUUCUGGGGUCAUACACAAGGUACAUGCAUUUGUUGCUCCCAAAAUUAUAGGUGGGAAGAAUGCACCGUCUCCAGUUGGUGAACUUGGAAUGGUAGAGAUGACCCAGGCUCUGGAACUAAUUGAUGUUUGCUAUGAGCAGGUCGAUAUGCUUCUCCUUUAAAAUCUCUGAUGAUGUGCAUAAUAGAUGCAUG